AACAACCUCUGUCCGAAAACGGAAAAAAAAAUUAAGAACCACUAUCCAUCCUCCAACACUAAAAAGCUGUUGGCAAGUAUCAACACGUGACCGGAUCCUGAUAAUUGGAUCCACCGGAUCGGAGAGUACCAAGGUGUUAGCUGCUUGCUUUGCCACAAUGCAAUCUCCUCGUAAGCUAUUCCACGCGCGUCAAUCACUCGCCACGCGCCGAUCAACAGCUCUUAUAGUAUUAACCUCCCUAGCUAUCGGAAUCGCCGGAUUCACAUUUGGCCUCGCCGUGAUCCUCUUCCCCGCUCUCCGAUUAACCGGCCGUAAUUGCUUGACCAACGCUCCUCCGAAGACGGUGCGAGUCGUCUGGGAAGUCGCCGGGAAUAACAACGGCGCUGGUGGUGGCGGCGGCAAUGGGAAGAGGCAUAAGGUUAUGGGAUUCGUUGGUAUUCAGACCGGAUUCGGAUCGGUUGGUAGGAGACAAGCACUUAGGAAGACGUGGAUGCCGUCAGAUCCGGAAGGACUUCGACGCUUGGAAGAAUCUACGGGAUUAGCCAUUAGGUUUGUGAUAGGAAAGACCAAGAGUGAGCAAAAAAUGGCUGAGCUCAGAAGGGAGAUCGCAGAGUAUGAUGACUUUGUCCUUCUUGAUGUAGAAGAGGAGUACAGUAAGCUCCCUUACAAAACUUUGGCUUUCUUCAAAGCUGCGUAUGGGCUUUACGAUGCUGAGUUCUAUGUCAAAGCUGACGAUGAUAUAUACUUGAGGCCAGAUCGACUCUCUCUGCUGCUGGCUAAAGAGCGGAGUCACUCUCAAACAUACCUAGGAUGCUUGAAGAAGGGUCCAGUUUUCACAGAUCCUAAGCUCAAAUGGUAUGAACCAUUGUCUCAUCUGCUGGGAAAGGAAUAUUUUCUUCAUGCUUAUGGCCCGAUCUAUGCUCUCUCUUCUGAUGUCGUAGCAAGUUUGGUUGCCCUCAAGAAUAACAGUUUCAGGAUGUUUAACAACGAGGACGUAACAAUAGGUGCGUGGAUGCUAGCAAUGAACGUCAACCACGAGAAUCAUCACAUACUUUGCGAACCAGAAUGUUCUCCUUCCUCUGUUGCUGUUUGGGACAUCCCCAAAUGCUCAGGUCUUUGUAAUCCAGAGAAGAGAAUGUUGGAACUUCACAAGCAAGAAAGCUGUUCGAAAAGCCCGACUUUGCCAUCAGAUGAUGAGUGAUCUUUUGCCACAUCUUCGACUCAUACCCGCAGCAAGAUUGUCUCCAAUCUUAGAAGAGCGAAAGUUUUGAUUUUCUUUUGUUUUUUUUUUUUUUUGUUUAACCUGGGGGUAUCCCAGGCCCAGAAGGCCCAGACUAAUCCCCAAGGGGAAGGAAUGCCCACGGAUAGACGCCCCUCCCAGUUUUUCAAAUGGGCCGAAAGCAUGGCCCAUAUCCGUGUGGGUGACAAGAGCGUUGCAAGGUAGUUCCCUCCGGCGUGGAUCGAACCCCCUACCUGGGUGCAGGCGGGAACCCGUCCUAACCAUUGGGCUACAACGUCUUGUCAAAAGGAGGAAAGGUGGUUUCGAACCUCGUGGCUUGAUUUUCUUUUGUUCAUUGAGGAAAAAAAGGUGGAGGAUUUUUUGUCAGAGCCAGUAUAAUCUUAGUACAUAGACUCAUAUACAAUGUGUGUGAUCGAUUUUUUUUGUUU